ACACAUUCGCAUGAACCCUCAUAUGCAUAUGGAAAUGUGUGUGCAAUAAAUUAGAGCAACGGCGCAACAACAAUUUGUGGGCGGUACGCGGACUUUAUCGCCUAGAACCUACAGUUUAUCCACCGUAUGAUCUUCUGGAUGUAUUUGAGCAGGUGUGAGAACUGAAGGCAAAUAUGUUGCAGCGUACGAAAUCGGCGAGGAAUCGAAAAAGUAGUGGCAGAUGCAGUGAUGGGGACUCAUCGGCUAAUGAGGCGCCAGUUUUUGCCUCAGUGCAUCGGGCGAGACACAAUGGGGCAGGCAGUACCUCGGCCGCUAGACGUGAUGGUCCACAAAAGGCUACAGCUUGUGGUGGCCAUCAGCAACGUCAAAGCUAUCAUCAGUAUCAGCAGCAACGUAAAUUACAACAUCAGCUGCAACAACAACAACAACAACAGCAGCAGCAGCAAUCAGUCGGCAAUGAAAACUCGAGUGCCGCACAAAAACUAGCCAAAACGACGCGUAAUUGGAACGAGCAACAACAGCAAUUGCAACAACCGAGCACCGUUGACACAGCACCGAAGCAAUCAAUUGCGGUGUCAAUGCCGCAACCAUUGGUGGCUGCCACUGCAGUGAACCAUGGCCGCCCGGCAAUGCAACAAAUCAAUGCAAAUGGUGGGCCACAACGCGAUGUAUCGCCGACGAAGGCGAGCCGUAUACCCUUACAACAACAGCAACACAACCAAGUGCAACCAAAUUUUAAUCAAAUAUCCAAAACCGCUACAAAUCUAUUGAAUGAUAUUUACGAACGGCAUCUCUUGAACCAGACGACGUUCCAGGCCGAGCAUAGCCAAGAAAGACCGCAUCAGUCACAACAACAACCACAGCAGCAGCAACAACAAGCGAAUAAGCUGCAGCAACAACCACAAUUACAGCCGAGGCAUCACCUACAGCAGCAUCGUUUCUUGGCUGCAAGGCAGGUGGGGCAGGAGGUGGAGCUUAAUUUUGCGAGCUCCUCGGCUCAGUACCAACAACAACAGCAGAGAAACCAGCAGCAUGCACAGCAAUCACCGCGCCAUUUUCUGUCUUUCGGCAAUCAGCAGGCACAGCAACACCAUUCUUUCGGAACCCAGGAAGGUGGCAACUCCGCGCUGGCAACAUUUGUGCCUAUACAUGGCAGCAACAAACAACAUGUUGCACAAAAGCCGGUACAUUUCUUAAAGUUGCCACCACCACCACCGCUAGCGGCACCACCUAGCAACGCAAGUGGCCAAAACGAGUCGGUUCCACCAAAAGAGUUCGGCUCCUACACAUCUUAUCAGCAACACUUCCAAUUCUCCGACGCGUAUGUUGAGCCUGUAGAUAGCCGUAAACACUUCCUCUUGCAAUCUGAUGCAGCUUCAACGGCCAAUCCGCCACUACCGCCCGCGCCACUCAAUCACGUCUACGAGACGAUCAAGGAGCGACCCCCAAUGCCGCCACCAAAAAAUGCGAAAACUGCCGAAGCUGGGGGUGAGGACGAAGCACCACCACUGCCACCAUCGAGGCAGUUGAGAAAGCGUUUGGUUGCCGCCGCCGCAAAGGUCGGUAGCAAUAAACGUACAACAACAACAGCGAAUACGAAUGGUAGUCAAAGCAAAAUGGAUGCAGGUCAGUUGGGCGGCAAUGGCAAGCUGAACAGAAAAUUAUUGCCCAUGCAACCGCCCGCAUACGUGGCGCCACCAGCUGCGGGUCCGGCAAAGCAAUCAAUACCAAAGCUGCCACCGCAGCAACAACAACAGUAUAAUCCGCAACAGCGCACGAAGGCGGACGGUGAGCAACGUCCUUACCUCUAUCAGCAGUUGCGCGAGCGUCAACAACAACAAGCGUCUGCGUUAAAGACAACUGCUCAGCGUCAGCCUCAACACCAUUUACAACAGCAACAACACCAACGUCCCAAUCACCCACAAGUGCGCGAGCAUCCUUUGGGUGCCCAUGCGGACCAACACGGCGCACAAAAGCUGCAGUCCCAAUCACAACAACAAGAAUUUACUAAUACCAACAACAGCCAACAAAAGCCUGUUGAAAAUAUGAUAACCCAAUCUGCAGUCGCAUUAACCACCACAAAAGCAACGGUGCAUGCCACCAGCACACCGUCCGCACCGCCGACGACAGCCAACUCAAACUCCAUCUGCGCAACGUCCAUUGAUGUUUCCGAUAGCUCGGUGGAGUUGAUGUUACAACAAGCCGGUUUGUUACAUUCGCAUGCUACCUCAUUAACGGCACACAGCGGCGGCGGUGGCGGCGGCGCCAACAAAGCUCCACAAACCGCUUAUAAUAAUAAUGCCAACCAUACUGGCGGCAUUGGCAACAACAACAGCAAUAACAUAUCCAAUUUGCAUCCAUCACGUCCAACUGCAUUGCCAAUCGUUUUCGAGGAGGAUACCGGCGAGUUCCAGGACGUGCUCGUACUCGAAGAGGAUGGCACGGCGAAACUACCGUAUCGACACGGUAAGAUCGAGGUGCGUUUGGAGACAGCGCAGGCGAUGGCCGCGGCUGCUUAUUAUGCCAGGUACGUUUAA